AUGGCGUCGAACGCGAACAUUGAAGACACCCAUGACGCGCUGAACUCGCCGCAACCGCGACGCCGACCACUGCGCUCCCCUAAACCGUCCGCCAAAGUCCGCGAAACGUUGAUUCCCCUCGAAAACAAGGCAAAACCGACCAAGAAUACGUCCAGUGCGGCCACGCGACCCGAUGGUGCACCCGCCCUGGAUGGAAGGUCCAGCGUUGCGCAGAGGCUGCUGGCUGAGGCCAGCAACACGCGUCAAAACAUCGAGGAGCUGAAAAUCGUCAUCCAACAGCAAACCGACAUGCUAGCCAAACUCAGCACCGAACUAGUUUCUGUCAAAACAGAACUGGCCACAGUGAAAGCAGAACUCAGUAACGUCAAGAAUUGCGUGGCCGAGGAGCAGAAGCAGGUUGCCGAGGAGUUGAAGCAAGUCUACGUGCAAUUGGACGAUAUCUCGAACAACCUGAUUCUCACUACAACGACCAUACUCGACGAGCCCAAACCUGUCGUCGACAAUGUCAACCGCUCGGUGGUUCUGGACGACGAAGGCAACAUCCGAACUGGAGCUGCGGAGGCAUUCAGUCAAGAAAACGAAACCACAGUGGCGAAGAUUGCUUGGCUGAGCAGGAAAGAUACAGCGAAAGCGUACGGAUCGAUGGUGGUUUACGUCACCAAAGGGAGCGAUGCAAGGAGAUUGUUGAGUGAGGGUUUCUUCCACGCUGGGGGAGAAUCCGGAUACACACGGGUAUUUGAACGCCGGGUGCGUCCGGAGCAGUGUUACAACUGCCAGGAAAUCGGACACAAAGCCUUCAACUGCAAGAAAGCCCACCGGUGUGCGCAAAAUGUGCCAAGCAAGGCCACCACCACAGCGGGUGCAAGGAAACGGUCAUGA